AUGACUAGGCACAACUUGGAAGUUCAUCUCAAAUGGCUGUUGCAACAAGGCCCUGCGAUUUACCCCUCUUUAUCGCCAUCCGCACGCGAGAAUCGCAAUUCUACUCGAGAGAAUCACACUCAAUAUCAGCCGACUCCAGCGCUGAAUGCAACGGGUAACCAAGUUCCAGAAAUUGCAAUUGGGGACUCCCAACCCCUGCAGAAUAAUUCUGUCGACAAUGCGGACAAAGGACCCGAGGUAGAAUCGGACGAAGACAUGGCACGAUUGUUAUUGGCUCCGCAAUCUGCGAGCAAACCUCGACUAUUCAGUCGUUCUACAGGUGCUGUUACGGGAUCACCGUCGAAACCGAAUGGUCGUCCGCCUGCCCAAUCGCCUACGCGACAACGGGAGGUGCUGAAGAGUCCGGCAAUCAAAAGUACCCAAGGCGAUACGCUCUCUUUAUUCGACAGUGCUACCAAGACGACAGUGACACCAUCCCGGACGAGACAUAAGUUUGACGUCGAAUCUUCCACAUUCGACAUUGAUACUAUUGAUUUGACGGGCGAUUUUGAUAAAAUCACGGCAUCAUCAGGCACAGCAGAUGAGGUUGGGGAAUCGCACCGGCUAUGGAACGAAGAUGCGCCCAAUCGCAAAGAUUCUACGGAUAAGCGAGGCAAGAAGCGCAAAAGCGAGGAGUACAUUUCUGAUCUGGUAUCUCCAAGAAAGAAUGCUCCCAAGGUGCGCUCGCCUUUGCGCAACGGUGAGACUACAGAUCCUGUCCAGUCGGGUUUGACGCGCUCGACUAAAACCUACAUUACAUCUUCCCCGACAAGAAGCUUCAUUCGUGAAGCGUCACACUCUCGCUCUGGUGUCUUGAACCAUAUCAUAGCCGAUUCCGACGAAGACGGUAAUGAAACUCUAUUCGAUGAUUUGAUGAUUGACGAUGGUGCGCCCGUGAUGGAUAACAGUAAAUCUUUAUAUCCUGUUCUUCCUCAACACAUAUCUCCGGAGAAUAGUAAAAGAGGAAGGGUGGCAAAGAAUGCAAUGCACCGGUCUCCACCGACAUCAGAAAUUGAUCUCACUCCAUCUGUUUGCGAUACGUCUGCCAGCAAGACACUUACGAACCUUGGUGAUUCAGGCUUUGCUUGUGCUCUCGGGCCACUAGGGUCGCAGCCAAAGAACAGCGGUGUCACGAAGUUCUUAACUCUAUCCGCUGAGACUCUGGAUCAACGAAUCUCGGGUUUCGAGGAUACUCUAAGGAAGAAUUCAGAAAUCGUUUUUGAACAAGCCAUGAAGGGCGAGCCAGCCCCUGGAUUAAUUGCUGAGAAUAAGAGUAUUACAGCUCGGAUAGAAGCAAUUAAAUCCUUAAAGAGCAAAAAGGCUGCCUAUCACGCCUGCGAAUCAACAAGAGAGCAGCUGAAGAAAACACUCAUGCAAGUCAUAUCUCAAGGUGGUAGCCCGAAUACAAUGCCGGAGGAGCUCGAACAAAGCCGAAGAGCUACAUUGCAGCUAGAGCAGAUUGAGUCUGAUAUAGAACGCCUGCUUGUGCAAGCUGAUAUUCUACCGGUCUCAUUCUCUUCAAGUAAAGGGCCGUCUCAGCAGGGCUUAGAGCGUUUGCACUCGCCCCCUCGAUCAGUUAGAAACACUAACCCUAAGAAAACAGUCCACCCUCACGAUCCCGAAACCAUUGAGACUGCAUUUUCUAGACCUCUCUCAGGGCCGACCUCUCGUGUCUCUCAAGCCGACAUACCAUCACGGACAACAAACUCAUCGUUCAGGAGCGCCGGCUCUUGGCCUAAAGCCUUUGACUAUGAUGAACCAAUGAUCAGUGAUAAUGACCAUACUUUUACUCGUACCAUGGGAUCUCCGCCUCCGGCAGAACAUAUUGAUGAAUUUGACUUGGACGCUGAUGAUGAGGAAAUGCUCGAAGCUGCGGGUUUUCUUGACGAUGGCUACUCAGUUUCAACAGCUAGUAAUAGUCUCCAAACACGCAAGGUGUUUGCUGAAACCUCCGGAAACGUUGCCCGCACCCCUACCACACAGAAGUCGCAGACCCACAAUGGCCUAUGGCAUCAUCACCAGUGGUCAAAGGAUGUUAAAAGUGUUUUGAAGGAUCGUUUCCAUCUUCGAGGGUUCCGCCUUAACCAACUCGAAGCCAUCGAUGCCACUCUGAGUGGGAAGGAUACGUUUGUUCUAAUGCCGACAGGUGGAGGGAAGUCAUUGUGUUACCAGCUACCCUCUAUCGUCAAAAGUGGAACGACCAGAGGAGUCACAAUAGUCAUUUCGCCAUUGUUAAGUUUAAUGCAAGAUCAAGUUUAUCAUUUGCGCCAGCUCGAGAUAAAGGCGUAUCUGCUGAACGGUGAGACGCAGAAGACGGAACGGCAAUGGAUAAUGAGCACACUAUCGAGCUCAGCUGCGGAAGAUCACAUCGAGUUGUUGUAUAUCACGCCCGAGAUGAUCAACAAGAAUCAAACCCUCAUCCGUAACUUGGAAAGACUCAAUAAUAGCCGUCGACUUGCACGCAUCGUGAUAGACGAAGCUCACUGCGUGAGUCAAUGGGGCCAUGAUUUCCGUCCUGAUUAUAAGGAACUUGGAGGGCUCAGGGCUCAGCUGCCUGGUGUUCCAAUGAUGGCUCUAACAGCUACUGCCACAGAGAACGUGAAGGUAGACGUUAUCCACAACCUUAAAAUGGAAGGUUGCGAUAUCUUUACCCAGAGCUUUAACAGACCAAACUUGACAUACGAAGUGAGGCAGAAGAAGAAGGGUAACGAGCUUCUGGCUAGCAUAGCCGAUACGAUUAAAUCGUCUUAUAACAACAAAUCCGGCAUUGUUUAUUGCCUUUCGCGUGAUACAUGCCAGAAGGUCGCCAAGAGUCUUCGGGACGAUUACCGCAUUAAAGCAGAACAUUAUCAUGCUGGUAUGAAACCGGACGAGCGAGCCGAAGUUCAACAACGCUGGCAGACUGGUAGGAGCCAUGUCAUUGUGGCGACGAUCGCCUUCGGUAUGGGUAUUGAUAAGCCGGACGUACGCUUCGUGAUCCACCACAGCCUCCCCAAGAGUUUAGAAGGCUAUUACCAAGAAACUGGCCGAGCUGGCCGAGACGGAAAACGUUCAGGUUGCUAUAUGUAUUACUGUUACAGGGACACGAUGACCAUUAAUCGCAUGAUUGACAGCAGCGAUGGCAGUAAGCAACAGAAGAACCGACAGCGACAAAUGCUACGCAAUGUUGUACAGUUUUGUGAAAACAAAAGUGACUGCCGAAGAGUCCAAAUUCUUGCAUAUUUCAAUGAGUAUUUUCGCCGAGAGGACUGCAAUUCUUCCUGUGAUAAUUGCAAGUCAGACUCUGUUUUCGAGCUCCGUGACUUUACUCAACACGCGGCCUCCGUAAUCAAGGUUGUUCGAUACUUCGAGGAGUCAAAGGAGAAUGUGACAUUGUCGUACUGUGUGAACAUUUUCCGAGGAAGUGCAAAGAAAUUCAGGUCUCCUCAGCACAGACAGGCCCCGGGGUACGGAGAGGGUUCUUCGUUAGAAAUGGGAGAGGCGGAAAGACUUUUCUAUCACCUUCUUAGCGAGGGAGCUCUGUUUGAAGAAAAUGUGGUCAACGGCAGUAGAUUUGCUGUGCAGUACAUCAAGCUUGGACGUCGUGCCCCUGAUUUUGAGAGUGGCCGGCGUCGAUUACAGCUUCAUGUUAGAGUUUCACCAAACAAAAAAGCUCAACCCCCUCGGAAUGGAUCUCGGAAGGACUAUCAUCCUCAAUCCACGAACGUCUCAUCGCCUGUUCAAGCAGCGAACCAUCGUCGCUUAGCCCGUUAUCGAUACGAAGAAAGCUCUGAUAGUGAUAGAGAUAGUGAUGGCUUCGAGAGAGUUCGUAUAGCUGGCAAGCCGAGGCGUGAGAAACCGUUUACCCCAGGCCCACCCAUUACCCAGGAUUCCAGGUUUGACCGUCUUGACCCUCUCCAUAAAGCUGUAGCGGAGGAUUUCAUGGUUUAUGCAAAGAAUUACUGCCAAGAUCUUGUACUCAAGAAAGGCCUUCGCAAUCAACCAUUCACAGACGGGGCGCUGCGGGAGAUGGUCAUAGCCUUCCCCAAAGACCUGUCAGAGCUUUCCAGAAUUCCCGGAAUAGAUAAAGACAAGGUGAAUCGGUACGGCACUCAGAUACUCAAGCUCGUACGAGAUACGCAACGCCGUUAUGCAGAGUUGAAAAAGGAUCGUGAUGACGCCGAUGGUGUUGUUCCGGACCCCAACCAUCACAAUGUCAUCAAUCUCACCAGCGACAGUGAAGAGUAUGAUGAUGGUGAUAUUCUGGACGAUGCCUCAAACUUCGAUAUAGAUAACAAUGUCAUCUCUAGUCGAUAUUUCACCACCGAACCAAUUCCAGAAGAUGACUCGUCUGAUGGCCCUGGGGGAGCUAGCAGCUCCAAACCUCGGAAGCGUCAAGCCACCAAGCGAACUCGUCGAAAGAGUGGUGGCGAAUUUAAAGCCCGGAGCAAAACCCCAAGACCUAGAAAGAAAACAGCCAACCGCACUGAUAGCCGUCCUACCCGGAAAGGGUCAAAAGCAAAAGAACCUAUGUCCCGGAUAGGAAUGAUGCCUAUCUAG